AAUUAAUGUUGAUUGACACACGUAACAAUACAGUAAGCAAGUUAGCAAGUAAGUAUGUAGACAACACAUACUAACAGGCAUAAAUAUAAACGUAUAAAUUGACAAUUAAAACAUGUCUGCAGAACAGAGAGAAUUUUUUAAUUUUUGUAAUCAAAAAAAAAGAAAGAAAAAAUAAUUAUAAUCAUAAUCAUAACAUACAUACAUGGGAAUAUAUUUAAUUCAUUGCUGUGAAAAAUUUAAUGCUUUUGGUCAGAUUUAAUUCCCCCGACUGGAACUGCUGAACAUCUUAAGAGAAGCUUUAUUUUAUCAUCCGACUACAUCUGCUGAACAUUGAUCAGUCUGUCAACAAUGAAUAUUUUAAAAAAGACAAUGAAAAGAAAGCAUUAUUCACCUUCCAUCAUGAAAUCACUGUAUAAUUUAAAAUUGUUCAUUGCCUCACUGUUGUGUAUUUAUUCAAUUAACUCGCCUAAAUGUUGUUAUGCCUAUUAUCAGCUAGAGUCUAAUAAUCAUUUGUCAUCAGGAAAGAGUAAUUUAAGACCUGAAGAACUUUCUGGAAAGAAUUCAAUCAGUGAAUUACACAAUUCAGAAAAUCAUGAACAAAAUUAUCCAGACUAUAUGAAACAUGAUGUUGCACCAGAUAGCCAUUUAAUGUUGUCAUCGUUAAAUGAUGUAUUAUCUCAUUCACUGGCAUCCUCGUCCUCCAUGUCAUCAUCGUCAUCCUCAUCUGGAAUAGAUGCAUCACCUUUGUCAUCCUCAUCCUCUUCAUCCUCUUCAUCAUCAUCAGUGAAUCAUGAAGAAGUCGAAACACAUCGAUGUGAACCUAUUACAUUGAUAUUGUGUAAAGGAAUGUAUUAUGAGUAUACAAGAUUACCGAAUAUGUUUCAUCAUGAAACACAAGAAGAGGCUGGUUUAGAAGCUCAUCAAUUUUAUCCACUAGUUCAAAUCAAUUGUUCUAAAGAUCUACGAUUUCUGUUAUGUUCAAUCUAUACACCAAUAUGUGUUAAAGGUUAUCCACACUUUUUACCACCAUGUCGAUCUGUAUGUCAACGUGUCAAAGCUGGUUGUUCACCGAUUAUGGAGCAUUAUGCAUUUCCAUGGCCAGAACGUAUGAAUUGUGAACAAUUCCCUGAAUAUAAUAAUCCUGAAGGUAUACUGUGCAUGGAAAGAAAUUUAACCAAAGAAGAAUUACAAUCAUCUAAUGAAGAACAUGUAAAGCCAACACAGUCAACACUAGUUAGUGUAGAUGAAUCAUCGAAAGACUUGAAACCUACCUCUAACAUAGAAAUAACAAAUAAUAAUAACAAUAUUGAUCAGUUACAGAGAUUACCAGAUGAGUUGGUGGCCUCUACAACUCAAUUUAAUGAAGAAGCAAGUGAUAUUCUUUUUGAAAGAGCAAUGAGAAAUGAAGACAUAAAGAAGCUGAAGACGACAUUUCCUGAUUUACACUUAAAGUGUACUUGUGGUUGUCGACCACCUUUAGUGCAAAUUAUUGAUUCAGAUGCUAAUACUAAUGCAAAGAUAUCAGUAGCUGAUAUUAAAGAUUGUACAAUGCCAUGUUAUACACCCUACUAUUCAUUCGAUGCUUCAAAUAACUUUACCACAUUUUGGUUAGCUAUCUGGUCAAUAUUUUGUGCUAUAUCAACAAUGAUAACAGUAUUCACCUUUAUUACUGAUUCUUAUCGUUUCCAGUAUCCUGAAUUACCGCUGAUUUAUUUGUCUGCAUGUUAUUUUAUGAUAUCAAUCGGUUAUUUAAUUCGAGUGUUUAUGGGUCAUCAAGCUAUAGCGUGCGAUAGUUUGUCAAGUGAAUAUGAAGAAAUACAAUAUGAAUUGACUAAAACUAGCAAAAAUUGGUUUGAUAAAUCUGAACUGAUGAGUGUUAAUAAUUUGAAGACGAUAACAAUGUCAACUACAGGCCUAUUGAUGACAACAACAACAGCAACAACCGCAGCGGCAGCAUCAGUAACAGCGACACCAAUGAAUCCAGCAGCAACCGUGACAACACUUACUUCGAAUAUUUUAAAGACAACUGAUCAUUUAGUUCGGUCAAAAUUGUUACGAUAUGCAUUCACUGGUAGAGCAAGUUGUGCAGCUGUCUUCUUAUUGAUUUAUUUCUUUAGUAUGGCAGCAUCAAUUUGGUGGGUUGUACUUGCGCUUACCUGGUUACUUGCUGCUGGUCUUAAAUGGGGCAGUGAAGCGAUAUCAAAGUAUUCUCAGGUGUUCCAUUUCAUUGCAUGGUCAUUACCAGCUAGUCAAACAGCUUUAGCCUUAUUAUUAUCAGUUGUAGAAGGUGAUCCAGUCAGUGGUCUAUGUACAAUUCAAUCGAGUAAACCAUUAUCCCUAAUAUUGUUCACAUUUCUCCCCUUAUUAAUUUACUUACUGAUUGGAAUUAUCCUAAUGAUGAUUGGAUUUGUUGCUUUAUUUCGUAUACGUGGUGCAAUUAAACUACAAAGACCAAGAUUAGUUGAAACACAAAAGCUUGACAGACUAAUCAUACGCAUUGGAAUAUUUGGAAUGUUGUAUGCUAUACCGAAUCUUGUAAUCUUAUUCUGUAUUGGUUAUGAAUUACGUGAUACACAUGCUUGGCAGUUAGGUGUUGCAUGUCAUUGUCAUUAUGAUAUUGGUAAACAGUAUGAAGAGGAUUAUAAUUAUGAACCAAUUUUACCAGUUGCUCUCCCUGCUUGGACUCCUCCAAGACCGGAAUAUGCUGUAUUCAUGCUGAAACAUUUUAUGAGCUUAGUAAUUGGGAUAACAUCAGGAUUUUGGAUCUGGUCGAAUAAGACAAUUGAAUCAUGGCGAAGAUUUUGUUUCAGUGGAAAGUGUCUAUUUCGAUUUAGUAAGCACAAUAGUGGUAGUGGUCUGUUAGUCAAUCCGAAUGGUCUCGAUCACGAUCGAUAUCACAAAAAGCGUGUAGAACGUUGGAUACAAAUCCCUCCGAGUGUAUCAAUGCAGUCUGUUUCAAAGCUGGCGAAUACACGCAGUAAAUCAUUGACCAGCUCGGUGGAGAAGUAUCCUAAAUUAAUUGAUAAUCCUACAAUGGUUAAUACAAAUAAUGCAGUGAAUCAAAACAAUCCAAUAGCAUACGAUGUUGUCAAUAACAACGGUUUGCCGCCAAAUAUGAAUCAUUUAUCAGCACUGAGUACACCUUCAACACCAUUUUCUGUACAUCCGUAUGAUGUACCUAUGCAUGAUACAAAUUCACAAAGCAUGCAUUAUAAACCACCAUUUGGGAAUUAUUAUUCAAUCGAUGGGAGUUCAGUUUCACAACAAUACGGUGAUGUAAAUCCUUACCAUAUAAACAGUGGCAAUAGUAGUAAUAAUAAUAAUAACAAUAAAAAUAUCAGUAUUGUUGAUAAUAAAUUCUCAAUUACCAAUACACGAAGUUUUUUAACACAAAUAUCUGGAAAUUCAGUUAAUCCUGGAUUUUCUACGCUUAGCAGCAGUUUAAACAGUCCACAGAAAGCCUCAGUACCUCAAUCACUUAACAAUAACAAUAAUAAUAAUAGCCACAGUUCUAAUAACAGUACUAGUAGUAAGCAUAACAAUAAUAAUAGUAAUAAUAAUAAUAAUAACAUCAACAAUAACAACAGUUCAGUUAGUACAGGAUUCUCAGGUAGCGGAAUAAGCAAUGGAAAGUUAAAUGAUGGUGUAACAAGAACCGCGCCUAUUUUAACUAGUCCUGAAAACCACCAUAACCAUAUUUCUGAUCGUUUUAAUGGAGAAGAAAGAGCUUUUGAUGUAUUUGUGUCUUCAUCAGGACAGUCAGCAGGAGGAACAGGUGGGACAGUACAAAUACCGUAUGGUGUUCGCAAUGAUAAUCAGCCAAGAUGGAGUAAUCUACCUGUGGGUAAUAAUCACAUGGAUUUCAAUAAUUUGUCAAAUGCAUAUCGAAAGAACAAUCUACCACUACUACAAUGACCCCAUGAAUAUACCUGACCUUCAUAAACUAACUUUGACGACGACGAGGAGGAGUUGUUCAAAAAUGCUGAAAGAACAUUACAGCUAAGCACAAAACGUUACAAUUACAUAAAAUUUACAUUAAACAUUUACUAAUACAUUAGAGUAAUCUUGAAGACAGUGAUUCAGUCAUUCAAUCACAGAAACAUAUCAUACUGUCAAUAAAAAACAAAACAAAACAUCUAAAUAUGUACACCAAAGAUAAUCAUGAUAAUAAUAGUAAUAAUAAUAUAUGGGGUAAAUGACCUCACCAAUAUUGGCAUGCACAAAAAUAACGCUGACAAUGUCUAUGUGCCUUCAUAAUGUAAUCUACCAUCCAUUGAAUUUGAAUGCAUUCACUUUCUUCUCUUGUCUCCCUCCCUUUUCUUUUUAUAUACCAAAACUAAAAAUCCACAUAACACAUUGUUUUAGUGUUUUUUUUUAAAUAAAAAAAAUAAACUUUUUAAACUGUUGCAUUGCAUCUUUCUGUUACAACAUUUUGACUACUUCGACAUGUAAUAAGAUACUACUAUCAAUCAGUAAUAUGCCUGAAGUUUUAACUUUUCC